AUGUUUACUGCGUUAAUGGCCAACCAGGUUGUUCCUCCUGAGUCUCACCCAUAUGCCUUUCAUGUCUCUGGCCCUCGCAACUUCGCUUCCCUCAAUUGGAGGGACCUUUUCAUUUCAAGUUGGAAGGAUGCAAAUUACAAGAAAACUGUCAUUGCCUGCUUUAUACAGGCAGUAUACUUGCUUGAACUUGACAGGCAAGAGAAGAGAAUACAUGGAAAUACUCUUGCUACAAAUUGGUGGAUUCCAUUCAAGUACAAGCUUAAACAAACACUAGUUGACGAAAGAGAUGGAUCCAUUUUUGGUGCAAUUCUUGAAUGGGAUAGAUCUGCUGCAUUGUCUGACUUGAUACCAAUUAGACCAAGUGGUGCCCCCAGAGUAGUUUUAGCACUCAGAGGAACAUUACUCAAAAGCCCUACAAUGAGAAGAGAUAUUGAAGAUGACCUCCGUUUUCUUGCUUGGGAAAGCUUGAAAGGUUCUGUGAGGUUUAAAGCAGCUUUGGAGGUACUAAAAUUGAUUUGUGGUAAAUAUGGAAGCAACAAUGUAUGCAUUGCAGGGCAUUCCUUGGGGGCUGGUUUUGCUCUUCAAGUUGGGAAGGAUCUAGCAAAAGAAGGGAUUUAUGUUGAGGCACAUUUGUUUAAUCCACCUUCUGUUUCACUAGCCAUGAGUUUCAAAACUAUUGGAGAAAAGGUUGAGUUUGUGUGGAAUAGACUUAAAUCCAUGCUUCCUUAUAGUAGUGAAGCUCAAAUCAAUAAUGAUGGACACAAAACUUCAGGUGCAGGAUCCAAGAGUAGGAUGCCUCAACUAUCUUCUGGUUCUGGUUUGAAAGAUGCUAGUUUGGGGAUGGCAAAAUGGGUUCCUUAUUUGUAUGUUAACAGUGGUGACUAUAUCUGUUGCUAUUACAAUGAUGGUGGUGGCACAAAGGUAAAUGUGGGAAGUACAAAGGUAGAAGUUGCAGCAAAAUUGUUUGUUGUUUCUAAGGAGAAACAGAAGUUUGUUGAGGCUCAUGGCUUGGAACAAUGGUGGUCAAGUGAUGCAGAAGUUCAGCAGGUUAUCCAUAGCAGCAAACUCAUAAGCAGACAACUUAGAUCUUUAUACAGUGCUACACCUUCCCAACUAAAUUCAUAA